GUGUGUGAGUGUGUGUGUGAGUGUGUGUGAGUGAGAGAGUUUAACCCCUGCGGCGGGGCAGAUUCCUCACUGCUCUCCUUCAUGCCACCCGCUGAUGCCAGUGCUGGGGUUCGGCAAUGUUCGGGGCUCAGAGCAGCGACCAGCUCCAGAGGAAGAACAAGUGCGCCUGCGCGCCCGCCGCCGCCGCCGCCGCUGAUCCGCGCUAAAUCCGUCCGAUCGGAAGAGUUCCGCGGCGCGCGCCGGACCCUGACCGCACCGCACCGCAGGGAUGCGUGUCCGAGACCUCCACCCGCUCGGUCCGGGCUGCGCGCGCUCCCUGAUCAGCCUGAGUCUGCUCCUCUCCGCGCUGCUGCAGCACGCUCAUGGAUCAGGGCAGAAGUCGUGCUCUGGAGCGCGCGCCGUGCCCCUGGAGGACACCUGUCACCUGCCCUGUCACUGCAGACCUUACGCCCUGCUCCCCCCACCUCCUCCUCCACCACCCCCACCCAGACUCUUCUCUCCUACAGUGGCUCCAUCCAGUGUGUCUCCUCCUGUGAAGCCCUGGGGUAAAGAGGUGGAGAUCCUGGUGCUGGGGACGGUGAGCUGUGCAUCAGUCGUCUUCCUUUUCCUCACAGUCAUCAUCUGCUACAAGGCUAUCAAGAGGAAACCUCUGAGGAAAGAGGAGAACGGCACCGGCCGAGGGGAAUACGCCAUGAGCUCGCGCUGCAAGCAGACAGCGCUGGAGACCAACAGCACUGGAGUAUAGCAGCCAGAGGAAAAACACUGAGACUGCAUUAUAAACAAGAGCUGAAAGAUCUUCAGAGAUGGAGAAAUGAUAUAAAGAGAAGGAUUGAUGGAGCCUUGAACUAUGGCUUUAUUCAAUGUCUUUUAAAAAAAUCAACAUAGAUGAUAUAAAGUGCUGCUUUAUGAUUGACAUGUGACAGAACACAAAGGCAGAGAGGACGUAUGAAGGACGUGUGAAGGACAUGUGAAGGACGUGUGGAGCCUUGAGACUCAUUGUUCUGUUGGAUGGUGAUGCCGUCAGACCUUUCACGAGACAUUAAACCGGUAAAACUCUUAACAAACCCGACGCAUGCACUUUCUACCGAAUGCACCGACGCCUCUGGACGUCCUCUCUCUCUCUCCCCCUGCUGUUUCCUCUGCUGUAAAUAAAGUCGGCUGUAUCGAUCACAAGGAUGUGGAUGAAAGCUGAAGCAGAAUUUGAUGGGGAAACAGGUUGCUUUUUUAUUUGUAUGACUAUGCAACUGGAAAGGAAUAGAACCCUUAUUGGUGCAUGUUCAUGAUAUUAAAUCACAAGCAUAAUUCGCUGCUGCUAGUCGGUCUGAUGUUAGCUAAUGUGCUCGAAUAGUGCGGCUCUCCGCGUGUAAUGGAACUUAAGCUGGAAAACAUGUCACAUAUUCAUGAACACAAGGACUGUUAUUUCAUUACUAAUGCACCGUUAAGAACUCCAAACAGACAAAGCAAUUUUUUUUUCAGAUUUUAAUUAUUAUUUCCUUUUUUUUUUUUUUUUUGCUUGUUUUAUCUUUUUGUUAUUUUGUUUUAUUUCUGUUUUUUGGAGGGGGAAUCUUUAUACGUUUUCUUUUUCUGGGGGAGAAAAUUUGAUUUUACUUCUUGUU